AUGGCAGGUCUGACUCUACUCUUCGGAGUCUUAGCCGUUAGUGCGUUGGGACAAACCCAGACCAUAGAAGUACGUCAUGGAGUCGUUGAGCUUACCUUGGAACCGCAAAUCACUGGGGGUUUCUUACUGGCGAUGACCGAAGGAAAUGAUAGAAAAGUUUUGGGCCAGAUUGGACGUACUCAAUACUCCGUAUAUACGUCCGAGGAGAUAGAGGGCGGAGUUCUUAUUCGUAUUGGGUCUGCUAAUCUAACUGUUCGAACCUUAUACGAUGAUGUAAUAGAUGCAAGAGGCAUUAAAAUCAAGUGGGACACUAAAGAGCCACUCCGUUUUGAAGAUUGCUAUGAUUUUGGCGACAAGCAUUGGUAUGGCGGACCCAUGCAGGAGACACAAAUAUAUCCCAUACAGGAUGCCAAUCAUACAUACACGGCCUACGUUACUCGAGAAGCUGAUAACGCUAACAUAGUCGAAAGAUACUGGCUUAACUCCGCAGGAGAAUACAUCUACGUACACCCACAAGUACCACUAUUUGUAGACUACAACCAACUCAAUCCGAAUCACAUAUGCUUCGGCGCACAAGUAGCUGAACCUUACUCAUCUAAAAGAAAUCACACUGAGCUCUCCUACGACAUCUGGUUCCUAUCAGAUGUUAAAGCAGCGCACAAGCAUGCUGUAGCAAAUUAUCUUGGGAAACCGUCAGACUUACCGGAUUACCGAAUGGUUCAGCAUCCGAUUUGGUCGACGUGGGCUCAGUAUUCUUAUGACGUGUCUGGACAAGAUGUUAUCGAUUUCGCUCAAGAGAUAAGGGCGUACGGUUUUAAUGAUUCCCAGCUGGAAAUCGACGAUCUCUGGGAGACAUGUUACGGAUCUCUUGAAGUGGAUACAAAUAAGUUCAUGAAUUUAACUCAUUUGAUUGAGGAAGUAAAGGCGCUUGGAUUUCGUGUAACCAUUUGGUUGCAUCCGUUUAUAAAUAGUAACUGUGAGCCUUGGUAUAGUGAAGCUUUGGAAAAUGGCUACCUGGUAUUGAAUGAGGAUGGCAGUCCAGAAGGUUCAUGGUGGAACACAAAUGGAACAAGUCCUGGACACAUCGAUUUUACAAAUCCCCAAGCAGCUAAUUGGUGGUCUAAAAGAGUUAGGAAUCUUUUAGAAACCUAUGGCAUUGAUAGCGCCAAGUUCGAUGCUGGACAGAGUAGUUAUACGCCUCAGAUACCAGUGCAAAAUGGAGACAUAGAUUUGCACCCACACCACAUAGUACAGGCGUUUGUAAGGACCUGUGCUGAAUUUGGAGAUAUGGUGGAAGUCAGAGGAGGAUUUAUGACUCAAGAUCUUCCAAUAUACGUCCGCAUGGUAGAUAGAGACUCUAUCUGGGGGCUUAACAACGGUCUUCCAACCCUCAUCACCACAACUCUCCAAAUGAACCUGAACGGUUAUCCGUUCGUUUUGCCUGAUAUGAUUGGUGGAAACGGAUUCAAUCUUAACCAUACACAGGCAGAUGUGCCGUCAAAAGAGCUCUUUAUACGAUGGGUGCAGGCUAACACGUUCCUUCCGGUGAUGCAGUACUCUUAUGUACCAUGGAAUUUUGACAACGAGACAAUAGAAAUCAGCAAAAAAUAUACUGAUCUUCAUGCCGCUUACGCCGCUGAGAUCUACGCAGCAAUGGGAGAAGCUGUGGAACAGGGAAGUCCAGUGAACCCGCCCCUCUGGUGGAUCGCGCCUAGCGACCCGGAGGCACUCGUUAUAUGGGAUGAAUACCUACUCGGUGAAGAAAUCCUCGUUGCUCCAGUUCUCGUGGAGGGUGGGAGAUCCCGUAACAUAUACCUUCCGGAGGGCAUCUGGUACGAGGAAGGGGAUAUGAAUAGAGCUCACGUGGGGCCAAUAUGGCUGAAGAAUCACCCAGCACCCCUGGACUACUUGCCAUACUUUGUUAAAGAUCAUAAUAUUGAACCUAAUUCAGCUAUGACGUUAAGUUUUAGUUUUGCUUUGAUAGUAUUGUUAUUAGCAGUUAAUUUGGGUUCUGGCUUAUAA